UAAAAAUAUAAUUUACGACUUGAUAAAAUAAAUAAUAAGGUUGUUUUUUCUUUGAAGGAAAUUAAACAUUUAAUUUUUGUUUGUUACAGGUUUAGGAAGAACGCGAUAUGAGAAAGCCAUUGAAUAGAAUUACAAGACGUUUUUUUGUGGACGGAGGGAACAGUAACCGCAGGUGUUAUUCAAGGGAUGAAUGAGUGGUUUAUCAAUCACCAUGCUUGCGGAAAAUGACACGCAUAGUUACGGGAGCUCAAAUAGUUCUUUUAACUUUUUCUUCGAAGAUCCAAGGUUCAUAUCUAUACUGAAACAUCGAGGGCCGAACCACACAAACAAUAUUGGCGAUGUUAUAAAAGUUCUAGAAGACUGGCGAAGUAGAUACAACAUUUCCGUUGUAAAGGAAUGUGAGAAGUCGGAAUAUUGCUCCGGGGAAUUUCGAGAUUUGAUUCUCGCUUACAAUAGCAUCCAUGGUUACGUUAGUUUAUUGGUAUGUCUCUUCGGUAGUUUAGCAAAUGCACUGAACGUAGCAGUGUUGACGCGACGAGAUCUUGCUGUGACCCCCAUCAAUAGGCUGCUGAAGUGGCUGGCGGUGGCUGAUGUCUUCGUAAUGUUGGAGUACGUGCCCUUCGCGAUCUACAGGUACCUGUUAUUCCCUGAUCAAGAAGAGCGUCCGUACUCCUGGGCAGUAUACAUGCUGUUCCACAGUCACUUCACCCAGAUCCUGCAUACUGCGUCAAUAUUGCUCACGUUAUCACUAGCUGUCUGGCGAUAUAUUGCUAUCAAAUAUCCUACGUACAGUCCGUCGCUAUGCACCGACAGGAGAUGUACGCUCGCGAUAUUGCUCAGCUUCAUAUUGCCGCCUAUACUCUGCAUACCUUCGUAUUUUGUAUUCACGAUACACAAAGACUUUGCUUUCGACAAAAGCGGGAAUAUGCUGACUAAAGUAUACUUCGUGGAUUCAAAUUACAAUGGCAGCUUAUACCAAAUAAAUUUUUGGGUGCACGCAGUACUUAUAAAGCUAUUACCUUGCGUUAUCCUAACUGUGAUUAGCGCUUGGCUAAUCAGAGCGUUGUAUAGAGCUAAUAGUAGGAAGAAAGCGUUGAAGGGUUACAGUGCUUGCCCCGCGACAGCGGUUGUCAAUGGUAACGGGAAUGUCUUCACUAGAAAGUCCACGAAAAGGUCUAAAGCUGAACGAAGGACUGACAGGACUACGAAGAUGCUUGUGGCUGUGUUGCUGUUGUUCUUGCUGACGGAGUUUCCUCAAGGAAUAUUAGGUUUACUCAGUGGAGUCCUGGGAAGGUGCUUCUUCAAGCAGUGCUACGAUCUCUUUGGUGAGCUGAUGGACGCCCUGGCACUCCUCAAUGGAGCUAUAAACUUCGUCCUAUAUUGCUCCAUGUCCAGGCAGUUCAGAACAACGUUCGGACAAAUGAUCCGAAAUCGAUGUGCGCCCACGCAGAGGGCGAACUCACACACGGAAUUACAGACUACAUAUGUUUAAGUGUGUGUUGAAAACUAGUAAACGUGG